UGAACUACUCGUGAUAUUUUAAACUAAAGCAGGCUAGCUAAUUGUAGAAACCUUCUUAAGGCGGCGUAAGCCUGUUAUGUCAUAUGAGUUAAUGAUGUAUUUCCAGCUGAUGUCUUGCGUUAGACUGGAGACAUCCAAAUACAUUUGUUUAUCCCUCUAGUGCAGGUUAUAUAACCGGUGUUUGUACUGACCUGUGCUUCGGAGUGGUGUGUCCUGCAGUGAACCGUCAGAGUCUCCCUCUCUGACAGGUGCUUCUUACACACAGAGGAGAUGAGUCGCUUUCUGAACGUCCUGCGGAGCUGGCUGGUGAUGGUGUCCGUCAUCGCGAUGGGAAACACCGUGCAGAGUUUCAGAGAUCACAGCUUUCUGUCCGAGAAGCUCUACACGGGCAUGCCAGAGUUUGUAAAUGGUCUCCAAGCUCGAACCUUUGGUAUUUGGACGCUGCUGUCAUCGAUCAUUCGCUGUGCCUGUGCUAUUGAUAUCCAGAAUAGAACGCUGUAUCACAUCACCUUAUGGACGUUUGUGCUGGCUUUGGGCCACUUUCUCUCCGAGGCUUUCAUCUACAAAACUGCGCCACUGACUAUUGGCGUCAUGGCCCCUCUCAUUGUGGCAAGUUUCUCUGUCAUAGGAAUGCUCAUUGGAUUCCAGUGUUUUCCAGAAACACAAGAGGAAGUCGGAGCACGACAGAAGAAGCGUAACUGAGUCCCAGCAAUUGGAGUUUCCUCUUCUUGAUUGAAUCCACCUCCACCAGCCUCUUAUGAACUGGUCCUUGUGUGCCGCUUCUUGCCCUGAAGAACCGGGCGACCUGAUGUAAAUCCACUUUCUACUCCGACACUUUUUACAUCUUCACAGAUCAGCAACAACAUUAAAACCACUCACAGGUCAAGUGAAUAACAUUAUCUUGUGAAACUGCAAUAUUCUGCUGGAGAAUGCUGGGAUCCAGCAUUCACGGUCCACGACUGCAGCGGACCACCCAGCAGGACAACGUGCCCAACCACAGGAGCAGCUUGUAGGUGUCAAUCCAGCCUCCAAAGUGCCCAGAUCCCAAUCCAAAGGUGUGUAUGUGGGAUGUGCCACAGCAAGCCAGAUCUUUAAAAGCCCAAGAGAGACCCACACCUGACUAGGAAGGUGGUUUUAAUGUUGUGACUGAUUAAGGUAUAUCUCGAUCAGUAAAUUCUGCUUUUACAAUGCAGUGGUUAAUGUGUGCUGCUUUAUCAUUUAUUUCAUAUUCAAAUGAGCAAUACCUGAAGUUUUGUGGUAUCUCAACAGCAGUGGAUUCAUUAUCAGUGUGGUGUUGCUGAAUGACUGCAGAAACGGAUCUACAAUACAUUUUCUUUUCACAAUCAUUAUUUUAUUUCACCAUAGUACCAAUUUAUCAAUGAACAACAGUCCAGAUGUACCAAAGAACUCGGAUGGCUACGCAGUAUAAAAUUAUACGCCUCAUAAAAAGUCAUCAGAGGUUGCUCUUGAUGUAUGUUGUGUGCCGUGAAAGAUUUGUACAGCCUGGGAAUUUAUGCACAAAUAACUUUGUAUAAAACUUCAAAAAAAAAAAAAAUGCUGAUUUUUGAUGUUUUCUAUCGCUGUAAUUAGUGUGAAAACUGUAAUUUUUAGUCUUGUAAUCUUGUAUUUGAAGUAUGCAGACUUAUUAUUUUCUUUUUGCACGAUUUGUGCCAAAGACUUAAAUCCCCGUUCUGCUUGCUUCUAGUAUUUGGGUCAGAGCAGGCAUCUUGAAUAUAUUCUUGUGUUAAUUCUGAGUGUGAAUAUUCAGAUUUAAACACGGUCACAUUGUGGGGAAAUACAAAAAUAUAUAGACACAU